CCUCUAUUCCAUCCAUUUUAAAGAGUUCCAUGCUAUUAUUAAGCUGCUAUUAUUGCUAUUAUGCUAUUAUUUUAUGCUAUUAUUAAGUGAGGCAAAGUUUCGAUUUGACCCAACAAAAACUAGGUUGCCUAGAAAUGGAUUAAACCUCCUUAUUGUAACUGUUCUAAAAUCAUAAUUGAUGAUUGUUAAUGAUAGUUUGCUUUGUUUAUCAUGGACCACAGUCGAGCGCAAAAGUUUGCAUCCCCUUUAUAGGACAAAGAUAAAGAAAUUUACAGCAACAAUACAUUCAGUUUACAUCUCACUUUCUCAAUGUGAUUAUAAAUAUUCCCUAAUAUUUUUGCAUACUCAACCAUUUAAAAACUGUCUCCUGUUUAAAAACCUCUUUCCCAUCCUCUUUCACUUCCACUGUUCCACCCUGCCCAUUCCUCUACACAUAUAAGUUAUAUUGUUAUAAAUCUAUCAAAUUUAAGACACUGCAUUCAACAACUCAAACCAGAUCUGGAGACCAAGAGGGCCAUGGUAAAACAUUUCAAGCUGGUUUUCUAUUGAUUAGUGAAGAAAUCCCUUCUAUUUGGGAUUGUUGCCUAGUUUCAUGAGAAAAAUCUUCUUGGAUUUUUGCUUUUGGUAAGUAAAUUGUAAAUUAGCGGCAUUUUUCAAGCACCAUCCAAAAGCCAUAAAUUAUAAACGACAUCUACAGUUUAAUUAUGAUAAUAAGUAAAUGCUUUAUUUUAAUCCUUUAUCAGGGCUCAGUGCAGCUCUGCAAAUUAACAUUAAAGCUGCAGUAAGUAAAAUGAACUGUAGUAAUGUUAAUGGUGUAGUAAAGUAAAGUAAUGGUGACUAACAGCCCAGUUUACUGGUGACCAUAAAGUUUGGAGGGUGGGGGUGUAAUGAACAGGAAAUAGCUGCUGUCUUUGGCUUUAAUUGUUUAUUGUUUACUUGAUGUUUUCAACUCAGCAGAUCACAGAACUAGAAUAUACUGUACAUCGAGUUUCUAGAAGCAUCGGGUUUCCAGAAGCAUCGCGACUUGAGCUGCAAGUGAUAAUACACUAGCUGCUUUGAGAUGGAUUUGAGACUUUCUCCCUCCCUUUUCACCCUUCUCUCCUCUUCCCACCUCUUCCUGAUAAACAGAUUAUUUAGGGAUUCACAAGCAGCCAGUUGAGCCUGCGCUGCUCUUGUGUACUGUGUGCUGCUGCAUUAGGCUUAGAGCCACAAAGCAGACAGAUGGCUGAGGAGAGCCAGGGGGAUCUCAUUACACGGUCUUAAUAAGGCGCUCCAGAGACGAGCAGGUAGAGACCAAGCCUGAGUGACCCACCUUUUCCUGCUUGUACUUCUUACAUCCGUUUGAGGAAAUCUAGAAUGUCUGGAACAAUUUCUGAAUGAUCAUGGAGAAAGAGGAAGAGGAGGAGGAACUUUUCACAGAGUGGCCUGCUGAAGAAAGAGAGCAGGAGAGCACAGAGGAUGAGGAUGAUGAAAAGGAGAUGGAGACCGAGAGGGAAAAAAGCGGGUUGGAUAUCCUCAGGCCAAGUGUUUCACUGGCCAAUCGCAGAGCGUCCCUUCCGUGUCCGACCCAGCUGAGUGCUAUGCAUUUGACUCAUUUGACUCAUCUGACUCACCUGCACAUGACCACCAUGGCUCCAAGCCCAGUCGGCAUGAGGCACAGGCUCAAAGAUGGCGAAGCAAGGAAGCAAGGUCUUCACUCUCAGCACGACCGAAACCAGGAUGAGGACAACGAAUCCAAGCUUGAGAAAUGGCCAUCUGCCAUCCCAAACUUACUUCAUGUCCCAGAAAAGCGGAGACGCUUCAGGAGCCGCAACGUUAUAUCACUAAGUGACGCAGACAGCAUGUGUCUGAUUUGCCAUGAUGAUCUGUGCAGAAGAGGAGGAACCAUCUGGGAACUGCACUGUUCACACAACUUCCACAGUGAGUUUGGUUAACUGCAGUGCAGUGAGAUUUAUCCCUCACUUCAUCUCAAGCUAAAGAGAGCGAUGCAGAUGCGCUUUAGUGCUUUAGUCACUCCAACUCUCUCACCUCCUCAUCUGUACUCUCCAAGCAAACAUAUCAGCUUCCAAAGCUUCAUCUUUCAUGCUAACGGCACCUUCAACAUAAUCAUGUAGAAUGCUAACUAGCCGAGAUGAGUCUCUCCCUUAAUGUGGCUCAUUUACCUACUGUAUGGUGCUUUCUCUUGGAUUUCUCAUUAAUAUGACAUUGAGCAUUACAGGAAAAUGGUGAGUGUGAAAAGAAGCUUGUGCUCUUUUGUUUUUAGGUGCUAACAACAUAACCUGAUGGUUAUUAUUUAUUUUCAUCCAGGGGGCAUGGGAGCAUGUUUGCCUCGCACCUCUGGGUUGGUGGUUCAAAUCCCACCUCCGUCCUGUGUGUGCAGAGUUUGCAUGUUCUCCCUGUGCUUUGGGGCUUUCCUCCCCGAGUCCAACGACAUGUGCUGUAGGCUGAUUGGCAUCUUUAAAUUGUCCGUAUGUGUUCAGUUGUGCCCUGUAACGGGUUGCACACCCUGCCUUGUUCCCUGCGACCCUGUUUAGGAUAAACCAUAUGGAAAAUGGAUGUAUGCAUGGACUGUGCUGUGCCUGUGACAUCAGAGAGAUAUACAAGCACUAACUUUUUACUGGAACAACAAAAAUACACCAAAUUAAUUAAUAACUGGUGCUAAUUAACAAAUUAGCACCUGGAUCACUAACCAUAUCACAAUAUAAUUGAAUAAAAUAUAAUCUGGUCCAAUUGUCUUGACCUGUCAUGACUUGUAUAACUAAAUAUAAGUCCAGUUUAGAGAGAGCUCACCCAGAACCAUGCUUUAGACUGUACAAAUAUCAGCUAUCUGCUCU